CGCAACCAUGGGCACGAUCGGGAAAAGUAGUCAAUCAAGGGAAAAGUCACUAAGUUGCCUUUAGUUCGAAUUUCCCACUCGGAAGUUCCUUCAGGCUCCCAGGCGUCCAACUCUCCCUCCGCCCAUCUGCUGUCUCACUCUUCCUCCUCUUUUCCCCAAUCCUUCGUUCCAGUUGCUCAAUUAAUCAAUCAAACCACCAACCACAAAAACCAUCUCGACGUGAUCAUCACCUAAUCUCCCUCCUUUCUCUCGUCCACCCUCUCCCUUCACCUCCCUCCGCUCUUUUGUGCUUUCCCCCAGUCUCACGUAUUUACCCUUAAUUUCGAGAUUACCACUCUAUUUCAUCGCUCUUUCGGUCGCCUGGCGCCGCCCCCUUCCUUUUUCACCGCUUCUCCCCCUCUUUCCAACCCCAUUCAGUCCGUCGACCAGCAUUCAGUCGCCUCAGGUGACUGAUUCUCUCCUUCUGACGGAUUGAUUGAUUAAACCACAAGGCCCGACAGGGCUGUGCAACGCCAUGCCAGGGCGUUUCUCAUCCGACCAUUCUCGCUCUCUCUCGCGAUCCUCUCAAUCUCCAUCCCAACAGUAUACCCCAGCUCACGACUCCGACUCCAUGCAUCAGCGUUCUACGUCCGGUCAUCCCUCGAACCCUAAUGUUUUCUCAGAUGAAUACUCGCUAGAACAGAUCGAUUCUGAACAAGCGACCCUAACUCCCCGGAGCCCAUCCGUUUCUUCCAUUGCAUCUUCUCACACCCUUCGCUCGUCCUUGCCUCAGCAAAAGCCGUACACAACUGCGCCCAAUGAACUCGGGGCAACGGAAAACCCAUUUGGCGAUGACGCCCGGGUCUCCUUCGAUGAAUCGCCUAAUCGAUCAAGUCUGCCCCCAAAGGGGGUAGAUUAUAACAACCGCAACUCAACAACGUCCACGAAUUCCGCCCCUUCCAUAGCGACGCGCAGCCAGAGCACUUCAUCACGGUUUUCUAUGCCUCCCCGGGCCCUCAGUCCUUACACGGGGGCCACGGGCCCGAGCCACCCGUACGCAAUGUAUCCGCAGGUCGGAGUUAGCCGUUCACCCAGUAUCGCAACGACGUCCACGGUACGGCCGAUAGAGCGGCCUUUAGGCGAUGCUAAUGCCCCGCAGCAUCCCUAUGCCAUGUAUCCACAGAAUGUGGUUCCCGAAGAAGAGAUGGACAAUGCGGUGAUGCCCCCGGUGGGCUUCCCGGGGCACACCCAGGCAUAUCAACGACCUCCUAAUCGGGCCGAUGACGACGUGGGAGACCUAAUUGGGCCCGAUGGGCAUACGGAACAGCUUCCACCUUACUCGCGUUACCCCGAUCCGGUUGUUCCCAAGGUGGAGGGAACCUUUGAUGCUACCCCUGACGCUAGCGUCCCGUUGCAUGAUAGUGAUCCCAACGAGCGUCAUGAACAAACGCCCGUUCCAGUCUCGGAAGUAUCCUCAAAUACUUUGGUCGCGGAGAAUCAGGCGAACAGACGGGAUGAGGAAGAGCGGGAAGUGGCACCGGUUACUGGUGUCAUGGCAUUUGAGGAGAAGUUGAAGACCAAGGGUAAGAAGAAGGCAUGCUGUGGGUUACCAGUCUGGACAAUUGUUUUAGUUGGUGUCGUGAUGCUCGUUGGAGCAUGUAUUGGAGGUGUUAUCGGCGGUGUUUUGGGCGCCAAAAAGGCAGCGCGCGAGGAGAAUGAGAAGCCAGCGGGUCCGGAAAUUGUUACCAUCACCCAAUCCCCUCGAAUGGACGCCACCCCGAUAUCCACAAUUCCUACCAACCUGCCGGCUGCUCCCACUGGCAAUUAUUGGAUUCCGGCAGGCCCAAAAAAUUCAUCGAAGUUUUGUAUCGUCGAUCAAGACUACAACCCGUCGUGGAGCUGUAUGAAGCAGGGCAAAAUCCCGGUAUCUAUCACGGGGACGGAAUCGUCGCGAAAUAUCACCUUUGCCAAUGAGCCCGUUUCGUCUUCUUUCACUUACGGCGCCCAGGCGCCAUUCUUCUCCAAUCCUACGCAGCCUCUCAGCUUAAUGAUGGAUUCUAAUGAUUUCAGCCUCGGCCCCGCCCUGACUUUCUUUUCCUUGUUUGAUAAAUUGGUUAUUUUACCGCAGGAUACCUUCUCCUCUAGUGCGGUAUCAAAACGCGCGGUCAGCGAAGAUGUUGUGGCAAGCGCAUUCCAUCGCUUACAGGCGGUACGAGUAGGCGACAAACCAUGGUUUUGCUGGUGGAACAGCACGGUGAUGGAAUUUUUCUUGUAUCUCAACCAGUCCACGAUGGAAAAUCGAUACGGCUCUACAUCUACUCAAUUGGACUCACGUGCCACGGAUUCUUCGAACUCGCACGGGACGUCAAGCUCCUCGGUUUUCAAUUACCCUCUCCGGAUCAAAAUGGACGAGAAGCGAGAUUAUCCCGAAGCCCAGUCACCAUAUUGCCAGCAGAUGCAGGUGAUGGAGAAUGGCUCGAUCAACCCCGUUUCCAAACAGACGAUCCAAAUCAAGGAGCUGGAACCGACACCAACGACAACGCUCAAAUACUCUGCUAGUGCGACCCAGACCUACACGGCCAAAGCACAGUAUGAGCAUGUUUGCUACUGUGUCUCAUUGACUGAUUAGCUUCGGAUCACCGAGCGCUAUUUAGCAUAAAAGCAGAGGAGGAUCGGUUUAUGCGACCUCCUGGAGCAAAGGCGUCGGCGUUACCAACGGUGGAAACGGUCC